AUGCGCAAGGAGCAGCUGCGAGUUGGUUUUCUCGGCGCGUCUACUGUCGCGCGCAAAGCGUGGUUGGCCAUCCACCGCGCGGGUCACCGUGUGACCUGCAUUGGAUGCCGAGACGCUAGCAAAGGGCGGGAGCUCGCUGAGCGCCUGCAGAAGGACAUAGAGGCUGACAACAAAACGAGGAAGGCGGCAGAUGCCGGCGCGCAGCAGCCGUUUGUGGCACCAAGGGUCGGCUCCUACAUGGAUGUUGUGCGAGCAGACAACGUGGAUGUCGUGUACAUCUCACUGCCCACGUCCAAGCGACCGGCGUGGAUUCGAGUGUGUGCCGAGCACGGUAAGCACGUCGUAAGCGAGAAACCAGCCGCCACCUCCGCAGCAGAGCUAGUCGAGUGUCUGCGUGACAUGGCAUCAAACCGCCUUCUCUUUAUGGACGGGACCGCCCUCUCCCACAGCCAGCGACUGCAGGACGUGUGCCGCGCAGUCGCCCAACUCGGUGGACCGGUGCACAUCAACGCGCACAUGUCCUUCCCGGCGUCGCCGACCUUCAUGGCGAGCGACAUCCGCCUUCAGCCACUGCUGGAGCCGUACGGCGCGCUCGGCGACUUGGGGUGGUACUGCAUCCGCUGGAUUCUGCAUAUCGUCGACUUUGUGCUCCCAACAGGUGUGGGGGGCCGUGUGACAGAGUGCGAUGCGCUGUGGGAUGAGGAGGAAGCCAGCAACGGCGCUGCCAAUGGCACGACUACCGGCGCGCGCCCAGCCGGCGCACCAGCGGUGGCGGUAGUGGCGGCGUCAGAGCGGAGACAGCCAAAAACACCGGUGCCCGCCGCCAUCACAGGAUUUGAAGGGAAUCUGGAGUUUACCAUCCCGGCACCGACAGCGAGCUAUGUCGCGCCGGCCGCAGCAGCGGAAGCGGCGGCGACAGUGACGGCCUCCUUUCGGUGCGGCUUUCACGACUGCCACGACCAAACAGUCGACAUCUUCUGCCGCAACGGCACCGUGACUGUGCACGGGGCCAUCAACCCCACGGCAGAGGAUAGGCCGCGGUUUUUGACGCAGCGUCACCAAGUGGCGGCCGCGUCAGCGACUGCGGUGCGAGAAGAACGUAGCGCAGCGAACGCCACCGAGGCGUUCCAGGUUUAUGAGCGGUUGGAGGAGAGAAACGAUGUCGUGUACUCGACCACACCGGAGGAGACGGACAGUGCGCAGCAGAUGGAGCAGCUGUGGCGCGAUGUCGGCAACAGCGUGAUGCGUCUCGGCAAGGGUGAGCCGCUCAUCGCUGACCCCGAUCUUGCAAAAAAGUGGUCGACUUUCGCCUAUCUGACACAGGUAGUAAUGGACCGCUCGCUAGAGGCUGCGGGGCAGCACGCACCGGCUGCCACCACCGCAUCUGCAGACGCAUAA